AAUUCUCGCGAUACUUCCGAGUCGCAUGGCCGCUCACGGUGUUUACAACUCGUAAUGAGCCGCUGCAUGGAAACAAAGUCGUGAAGUGCAGCUUGGUCGCAUGGUUUUCUUCGUUCCUCGCACUCUCCGGCUGUAGGCGAAGCCUUGACACCGGCGAGGAGAAGCGUCUGCGCGGCCGAACUGCGAGCGGAAGCAAAGGACGAGCAACAAGCCCCAACACAGGCUAGUGGGUGCUGUGAUGUCCUCGACCUUCAGCAGACUCAAACACCCUCACUGCAAGAAGAAGCACUAUCCCAGUAGCACCUAUCUCACCCACGUCUGACAGCCAACCAACACAAGGCACUCUGACCCUUCAUAAAGGACUUGACAGAAGAGAUUGAUACACACAGAGAGAUGUCCGACACGGCCGGAGAUGGCGAAAGCGGAGGUGUGGCAGGCACAGGGCAGGAUGCAGAGGCGGACAAUGAGCCCCCCCAACAGGCCCCACCUCUACUUGAAGGGGAUGUUUUGGAGAUCAGGGAGACAGCAGAAGAAGGAGCCCCUCCAUUUGCCAAGCGGCUCAGGGUGAGCCAGGCUCCAGAAGAGGUUGCAGAGCCCGUCGAGACACAUGGAGAAACACCAGCACAGGCUGGUUUGCUGCUGGAACAUCCAGCCCCACCAGCACAAAGCACAGGAGAACCACCACAAUAUGGGGAAAAAGGUCGAGGAGUGGAAGAGGUCCCUGUCAGUCGGGAAGGUGAAGAAGAUUGCCACGAGAAUGGAGAUGGAGGGCAUGAUGCUGCCUUAGAAGAAGAGACAAAAGCAGAGGAGGAGUGCGAUGCUAACGGAUCUGCAGACAGCCCCAGUGAAGGACAGCACCUUGGCUUAGAAUUUACUCAGAACCCCCAGAUGCUGACUGGUUCCUGGACUGAGUAUUCCAGCUUCCCAGAGAAUUACCUGAAAGGCUGCAAAUGGGCCCCUGAUGGUUCCUGUAUCCUGACCAACAGUGCAGACAAUGUGCUCCGAGUGUACAACGUCCCUCCAGAGAUCUACAGCUACAAUUGGGACAUGCUUCCAGAGAUGAGUCCGGUGCUGAGGAUGGCAGAGGGAGACACCAUCUACGACUACUGCUGGUACCCCAAGAUGAGCUCUCUGGAUCCAGACACAUGUUUUCUAGCCAGCAGUAGCCGUGACAACCCAGUCCACAUAUGGGAUGCAUUUUACGGGGAUGUGCGAGCCAGUUUCCGACCCUACAAUCACCUGGAUGAGCUGACAGCGGCUCACUCCCUCUGCUUCUCCCCCGACGGCACGCAGCUCUAUUGCGGCUUCGACAAAACCGUCAGGGUCUUCUACACCGAGCGUCCAGGCAGAGACUGUGAGGAGCGGCCCACAGUAGUGAAGAAGCAAGGCCAAAGUGGCAUCAUCUCCUGCUUUAGCUUCAGCCCCUGCCAGUCUGUUUACGCCUGUGGCUCUUACUCCCGCUGCGCUGGCCUCUACUCCUGCCAAGACGGCACCCUGCUGGCUCUGCUGCCGACCCGCCACCACGGAGGCCUCACCCAUCUGCUCUUCUCCCCCGACGGCAACUACCUGUAUACCGGCGGGCGCAAGGAUCCAGAAAUUCUGUGCUGGGAUUUACGAGAGCCAGGAAAGGUUGUGUUUUCACUAAAGAGGAACGUCGCCACUAACCAGCGCAUCUACUUUGACCUGGACCUGUCAGGCAGGUACCUGCUGAGUGGUGACACAGAGGGAGUCUUGUCAGUGUGGGACACCCAAACAGCUCCCCCUGAUGGUAAUGAGGAGCUACUGCAAUCCCAGCUGAGGUUCCAAGCCCACUGGGACUGCACCAAUGGCAUCAGUAUUCAUCCAUUCAUGCCGUUGUUGGCGACCUCCAGCGGCCAGCGGCAGUUCCCGUGGCCCAGCGACAGCGAUGGUGAAUCGGCCUCUGACGGCGAGGGAGCUGAAGCCGUGCUGACCCAGCAGGAGAUGCGACGAGACAACGCCCUGACUCUGUGGUGGGCCGGACCGCUCGGCCCCGCUACAGAGGAGAACCUGGAGCCCAACACGGCGGCAGAGACCUGAGGCUUUCUGAGUUCAGCCAACUGACAAAAAUUAAGUUACACCUGCCAAUGUGAGGUUUAUUUGGGGAAUUUUUGAUGUGGACAAAACAAAUUAUGGGUCAGUUAAAUCCUUUUCUCCAUCAGCAACAUUAAGGCCUGAUGUGGGCCAUAAUUACUGGGUCUUGUACACUCACUGUUCAAAUACAUCUUUGAAAUUAAAUCUAAACAUAUCACCUACAAGUUUACAAGUAGUACAGUCGCAGAAGUUUUCUUUGUUCCAAUGCCAGUGUGGUAAGAAUUUGAGCUUUAUGCAUCGACGAUGGUCAAUGACAAGUGGGUUGCAUUAGUAAUGGACUGCGGCUUGAUAUUCCUCUUCUUUGUUAUUGAAUUUGUGAGAGAAAGGUAUUUCCCUGUAUUUUUUAUCCUUUAUGAAUGGUUUGGUUGGGACAGAGUUGAGUGGUUGUGGUGUGAUCGCACCUGUGAUUUUGAUUUGUAUUUGCGCGAGUGUCCGUUUACUUGCGUGUGUGUUCGUGGCUGUAACGCUGCCCUGGAGAUUCUUAACUGCUCUUUAGUCACAGUAAGUGCCAUUUGUUCUUGAGCUUUGCUUUUGUAAACUGAUGGGUGUCUCCGCUUUUUUUAAACUCUUGGACGCAAAAAGUCGUCACGUCUGCUCUGUGCAUGCCCACAAAAUGUAUAUUUUUGUAAAUCCUUGAUGAAUCUUGUUCUCCCUAUCCUAAUGUAAACUCUGUAAGCAGCUGGCGUGAUCACCGUAACCUCAUCACAAUCUGUGAAAAUGCCAUUCAUGGGUGCACAUGGAAAAUGAGCGUUGUCACUUCCACUGUUUUCCUCUACAGGAUAUGCUCAGAUUGUAUUUGUACUGUGUGAGUAGUGAUGUGGAAGCACAAAACACAUUGUAUCGGAGUAAUUGCAUUAAUAAUGCGCUACAGUGAUUUGCUUCACGCUUAUGUUACCAUCAGUGGGGUGUACUUUGCUGUAGGUUGGUCAGAGGCUCGGCAUGCUCCAACCAAAGCCUGAUAUUUUUAGAUAAAUCGAUAAUGAAUCGAUGUCCCUGCUGAUUCAGGUUUUACUUUCUAGAAUUGUGUUGCCAAGCAAUAGCAGCUGCUAUCUGUCGGCUAUUAUUACAGAAAACAACACAAAUGUAUGCUCUACCAGUAAGUAUCUGCAACAGGUGGUUUUAUUCAAGCAGCAGUGAAUUAAAAGCAUAUGUCCUCACAUAUUCA